AUGGCAGAGCCAAAAAACAAAUACGAUCGCCAACUCAGGAUAUGGGGCGAGCAAGGACAGGCUGCCCUAGAAAAAGCCAGCAUUUGUUUGCUUAAUUGCGGUCCUACCGGGUCCGAGACGUUGAAAAAUCUUGUACUUGGUGGAGUUGGAUCCAUCACUGUGAUUGAUGGGUCUAAAGUUGAACAGGGUGACCUUGGAAAUAAUUUCAUGGUGGAUGUGUCUUGUGUUGGGCAAUCUAAGGCGAAAUGUGUGUGCACGUUUCUUCAAGAGUUAAAUGAUGCCGUUAAAGCCAAGUUUAUAGAAGAAUAUCCUAAGGCAUUGAUUGACUCGAAUCCCUCCUUCUUUUCGCAGUUUACGCUGGUUGUAGCCACUCAGUUGGCAGAAGACUCAAUGGUAAAGCUUGAUAAAAUCUGCAGGGAGGCAAAGGUUUUGUUGAUUUUUGCACGCUCCUAUGGCCUUACUGGGUUUGUCAGAAUUAGUGUGAAGGAACAUGCAGUAAUUGAGUCAAAGCCUGAUCAUUUCUUGGAGGACCUACGGUUAAAUAACCCAUGGCCUGAGCUCGAAAGGUUUGCAGAAAGCAUUGAUUUAAAUGUGUCAGACCCUGUUGCCCAUAAGCACACACCUUAUGUUGUCAUUCUUGUCAAGAUGGCUGAGGAGUGGGCCAAAGCUCAUGGUGGUGCGCUCCCAUCAACUAGGGAUGAGAAAAAAGAAUUCAAGGAGCUUCUAAAAGCAGGAAUGGUUGCAAUGGAUGAAGACAACUAUACAGAAGCUACUGAAGCUUCCUUUAAAGUCUUUGCUCCUCGAGGAAUUAGUACUGAUCUGCAGAAAAUAAUCCAUGAUGGCUGCAGUGAAGUUGAGUCUAAUUCAUCUGACUUUUGGGUGAUGGUUGCUGCUUUGAAGGAAUUCAUUGCAAAUGAAGGUGGUGGGGAGGUACCUCUUGAGGGUUCAAUACCUGAUAUGACAUCUUCAACUGAGCUUUAUGUAAAUUUGCAGAAGAUCUACCAAGAAAAAGCUGAGGUUGAUUUUCUUGCUAUUCAGCAAAGAGUUAAGAAUAUUCUGAAGAGAAUCGGUAGAGAUCCAGAUAGCAUCUCAAAGGCAAUGAUUAAAAGCUUCUGUAAAAAUGCAAGAAAACUAAAGGUUUGCAGGUAUCGACUUCUUGAAGAUGAGUUCAACAAUCCUGCAGUAUCAGAGUUACAGAAGUAUUUAACUGAUGAGGAAUACGGUGUUGCCAUGGGGUUUUAUAUCCUGCUUCGGGCUGUUGACCGCUUUGCUGCUAAUUAUAACAGUUUUCCUGGACAAUUUGAAGGGGAAAUGGAUGAGGAUAUAUCUCGACUGAAAACCACCGUUGUUGGUCUACUUACCGACUUGGGUUGCAAUGGCGCAACUGUAACCGAGGACCUUAUCAGUGAAAUGUGCCGGUUUGGUGCUUCUGAACUUCAUGCAGUUGCUGCCUUUAUUGGGGGAAUUGCAUCGCAAGAAGUGAUCAAGCUCAUAACAAAACAAUUUGUUCCCAUGGUGGGGACUUUCAUAUUCAACGGCAUUGAUCAAAGGUCUCAAUUAUUGGCACUGUAA